GUCAUGUCGCCCUACCGCCGGCAGGUCACGGAGAUCCGCCGGCAGCUGCAGGAGGCUCGUCUGCUCGACCUGCAAGUCUCAUCCAUCGACGCCUUUCAAGGACGAGAGGUUGACGUUGCGCUUCUGAGCUGCGUGCGGUCCGGCAAGGAGAAGAACUUGGGCUUCGUCAGUGACGUUCGCCGCAUGAAUGUCGCGCUGACUCGAGCAAGGCGCUCGCUCAUCGUCCUCGGAAACUCGUCGGUCUUG